AAGAUUUCCAGUUGAAUAUCUUUGCACUUACUAAAAAAGAAAACAAACUGCAAAAAAUGGCGUCAUCAAGAUUGCAACUUGUUUUCCUUCUCCUCAUAUUCUCUCUCGUUAUUUCUGCCAAAUCUCAAGGAAAUGAUAUAAUGGACGGACCGUGCCGCUUGAGGGGAACGUGCAAACAGGACAGCGACUGCGACGUUCAUUGCCAUCGGAACACUGACCCUCCAGCCAUGGGCGGCCACUGCCUCUUGGCUAGACCAACUGGUCCUGUUUGUUGCUGCCUUUUUGAUUAAUCCGAUCCUUUUUAAUUGGUUAACUCUCCAUGAUCAAUUUUUUUGUAGCAAAAGACAAAAGUCUCACGAUCAAAUAAGUUCUUAGUUUAAUUACGUCCCAACUCCCAAUAAAGCGAGGAAUAAAAGAAAAGAUUUUGUGUUUCUUAUAACUUGAUUAUUAUUUUUUUUGUUUACCGCACAAACACUUGUAUCAUGUCAUGGUAGUUUUAGGGAAAAAAAAUUGUAAGAGAAUGGCUAUAUUAUUAGUGAACAAUUAUAUAA